AGGGGAACAUCGCCCCCCCACCAUCCUGCAUCUCUGUCAUCUCCUCCAAGAAACUCAAACAGCAGCAGCUACUUCAGGCUAUGCGACUAAGGGAGUCAGCCACCCCUUCGGUUUGCUCGGCAAAGACCCCAGAAACGAUCCCACCGGAGACCUUCAAGAAGGUGGCUUUUGAGUUUGAAAUCCCCAUCUGCAAAGGCGUCCUUGACUACGCAGCCUCCGACCUGGUCCAGUUCAAGCACUACUGCUGCCUCCUCUGGGGAAGCGUCUUCUCCUUCCUGCAGCAAGUGGAGCUUCUGAUGAAGGAGUAUGCCGUGCCUGUGGCCAUCGUCAUGGGGAAGAAAGUCAUGGACCUGGUCCCGGAUUUUGAGCUAAGCCAGAGGGCCACCCGGGAGGAAAUCCUCUCCGUCUUAAAGAACGUCUCCACCAUUCAGAAAUUUUUAAAGCAGCCUGGCCGGAGAUACAAAGGCCAAAACGGGACCGAAAAAGCAGCCACCAAGAUCCAGGCAACAUGGAAGUGCUACAAGUUGAGAAAAUCCUACAUUGGAUUCAGGCAUCGGCAAUGGGCCUCGGGCAUCAUCGCCAUUUCUUGGUUGAUCCACGUUCACUUGCAGCGUGUCCGAAAGACCCUGAAGGAGUCCCGGCAGAAACACCUGGAGAACUUCCACCUCAGGGCCAAGCAUCUGGCCGCCAACUGGAAUCGCAUCAGGAGCUCUAGGAGGACGAUUAUCCAUAUCCCAUCGUUAGGGUACAAGCAGUCCCUUCGAGAGGCCGACCCAGAUUUCGCUGUUCAUCAGGGAUCGCAGUUCGGAAGGCUGUGCGAGAUCAAAGAUCCAAAUGUGGACGUCAUCUAUAUUUGCCCCUUAGAAUUAAGUGAAGAAUUGCUGCGCUACUACAAUAAACUCCUGGGUCUGCAGCCAGCCGUUCGGUCUGGGAACCCCGAGGACAUUGGUGACCUACAGGACAGGUUCAAAAUCCUCACCCCUGAAGCCAUCAACAGUUUUCCUAUGAUCGAGGCCCUCAGUCAGCUGAUUAUAGACAACCCAGAAGUGCAACGUUGGGUCUUCAAGGUGGAUAAUGAAUUUGGGGGAAAUGGGACUGCAUUUUGUGACAUCGCUAAACAUCUCAAAUGCUACGCUUGGAUUAUAAAGGAGCAUCGUCGAUACGGACCAGAGAUGUGGAAUAAAAGAUGGGCUCAUGAACCAGCUUUGGUGAAGCUCUCUCAGGAGCUGCCGGGCCUUUUAGCACAGCACGCUCAGGCUGUCAAUGAGAAACGAUUUCCUACAUGGGGGAAAUUCCUCCAAACGUUUGUGAGUCAAGGUGGAGUCAUAGAAGCCUUCCCACCUUCCGAUAGCAUCACCAGCCUCACCGUGGACAUGUUGAUUGAACCCACCGGGGAGGUCACGAUGGUUUCCUGCGGAGAUCAGUUUCACGCCGAAGGUCCCUUGCGGUCUUCGGGAACUACCCUUCCUCAGGCUUCCGUUGAACCCAAGCUCCUUAAUCUGCUGUGUUUUAAAAUCGGGGAGGCCUGCAAAUCCAGGGGAGUGGUUGGAUACUUUUCUAUCGACUUUGUGACUUUCAUCCACCCGCAGUCCUUGAGGCAGCAGGUUUGGGCCACAGAUUUAGAUCUGCGCUACAGCGAUCAUUUGGCCAUGACUCGGGUUGCGCUCUACGUGACAGAGGGGACCUUCGACUGUGCGUCAAGUCGCUUCCAGGUACAGCUCCCUUCAAAGAAGCCACCUGUGCAGAAGGAACAGACCCGAUCCACUUCCCUGGUCAGCCGCUACGUUCUCAUGAGCAGUUCGAUUAAGAACGGCAACCUUUCCUUCAUUUACUAUAAUGUUUUCCUCCAGAUGUGCAAGGCUCACGGGAUCGGCUACGAUGUGCAGAACAAUUGGAGAACAUCUCCAGGGGGUCCUCAUGACCUUUGCUCAGCAUCUCUUCAUCAUCUAUCAAGAAUUAUCAGCACCUAAUAUGCAUGCCGAGACCAAUUUUAAGGGAGCCAUUCAAGACAUUGAGAGGAUCUUGGGGGUUACAGAAC